AUGAAGCUCCUCACCACAAACUUCCUGACCUGCGCCAUCAAAGCCUGCAAAAGCUCCUCUGCCUCGUUCCCGCUGCACUUCAAGGACGCGGUGCUAGAGCGCACCGAGAUCGAGUUUAACCCGCUCUUUAUGAGGAACAUUCUGCCGCGCGUGAACUGGGAGGCAUUGACUGUUACAGCGACCGAGUUGGGAUUGCAGGCGAUGGUCCCUGAAAAGAACCCCGAACAAGGUGGUGUUCAAAAGGAGGACGGGAUUGACGAGGAUGUCCUGAAGAACCUACACACUCUCCUCCUCGAAACGGGCGUGUCAGAGGGGAAGCUGGUCUGUGGAAACUGCGGGUUUGAAUAUCCCAUAAAGGAAGGCGUGGGCAAUUUCCUCCUGCCGGCGCAUUUAGUGUGA